AAUGUCCUCAGGAUGGAUUAUUGGAACCAGUUUAUUGUUCUUGUGUGCUUAACGACUUUGUGUACCACCAGUGCCCAAACUACUGAUUGUAGAGAAGCUUCCAUCGCAGACCUUGUGUUCCUGGUGGAUGGAUCCUGGAGCAUAGGAGUGAAGAACUUCAAAACCAUUCAAGAUUUCCUGUACACCCUAGUUGACAGUUUUGAUGUUGGAGAGAAUAAAGUACGAAUAGGGCUAAUACAGUACAGUGAUGCGCCCCACAAUGAGUUCUUUUUGAACACUUUCUGGCACAAAAAUGACAUUCUAGAAAAGAUACAGGCUCUACGCUACAAAGGAGGAGGCACCAAAACUGGGAAGAGUUUGAAAUUCAUGCUGGAUCACCAAUUCAGUGAAAAAGCUGGAAGUCGACGUGAUGAAGGUGUUCCCCAAAUUGCCAUUGUAAUAACAGAUGGGCAAGCCCAAGAUAAUAUUCGUGAACCAGCAGAGGAAGUCAAGAGCGCAGGCAUUAUGAUUUAUGCUGUAGGCAUCAAAGAUGCAGUUUUCUCUGAACUUCAAGAAAUCGCUAGUGAUCCAGAUGAAAUGCAUGUAUAUAGUGUGGAAGAGUUUGCGGGUCUGCAAGGGAUCUCCCAAAAUAUACUUCAGGUGAUAUGCACUACUGUAGAGGAAGUGUCUCGACAAAUCACCCAGGUUUCUCCAGUAUGCCGAAAAGCCACUGUUGCAGACAUUGUGUUUUUGGUGGACAGCUCAGCCAGCAUUGGCCUGGAGAAUUUUCAGAAAGUGAAAAACUUCUUGUACACACUGGUUUCUAGCCUUCACGUCAGCCAGGACCAGAUUAGAAUUGGGCUGGCCCAAUAUAGUGAUGACAUCUUUAUGGAGUUUUUACUAAACCAAUAUUCGUUGAAAAAUGAUAUUCUGGAGCAAAUACAGGAUUUGCCUUUCCGAAGUGGAAGAACUUACACUGGGGCUGCCUUGAAUUCCAUCAUGGAAGGCUAUUUCAUUGACUCUGCUGGAAGCAGAGCACAAGAAAACAUCCCACAAAUACUCAUUCUACUCACAGAUGGGGAAUCGAAUGAUGAUGUCAAAGUUCCAGCCAGCAAACUUAGGGCAAGAGGAAUCUCACUGUAUGUGGUGGGAAUUGGUGUCCAAGACACUGCUGAGCUUAAAGAAAUUGCCAGCAGGCCUUUUAAUAAGUUUCUGUUUAAUAUUGAUAAUUUCGAUAUCCUGGAAGAACUCUCAAGCAGUCUUCUCCAAAUGGUGUGUUUUGCAGUAGAGAGUCAGAUUAAAGCAUUCACGAAGCAAUAUGCUGACAUUAUUUUCCUUGUGGAUUCUUCUGAAACAAUGGGACCCUCAAACUCUGAAGAAGUUAAAAAAUUCAUUGCCCAGAUUGUUGAAAAACUGGAUGUCGCCACAGACAAAUACCAGAUUGCCUUUGCUCAGUACAGUGAAGAAGGGCAAGUAGAAUUUUUGCUGAACACGUAUGAGUCCAAGGAAGAUGUUCUUAACCAUAUUCGGAGCAAUAUCACAUUCAAGGGGGGCCCUCUGCAUACGGGGGAGGCCCUGAAGUUUUUGCAUGAGACCUAUUUUACUGAAGAAGCUGGAAACCGGUUUAAGCAAGGAACGCCGCAGUUUACAGUGGUUGUCAUUUCAGACAAAUCUGAGGAUGAUGUCACGGAUGCUGCCAAAGUGCUGAAAGAUGCAGGAAUAAAAGUUGUAACAGUUGGCGUCUUAAAUUCUGAUCAGGAAGAAAUGGAAAGGAUUGCUACUUCUCCCUUGGUUUACCAGGUCAAUGAUGUGCAAAACCUCAAUCAGCUUCACAAGAGCAUACUUGAUGUUUUUGAAGUACCAGUUCAGCAGCAGUAUGAGGUUGCCAUAGAUGCAGAAGCGCCCGCAGUUUGCUCCAGUGCUUCUGUGGCAGACAUUGUCUUUCUUGUGGAUGAAUCCAGCCGAAUUGGCCAAAGGAAUUUCCACCUAAUUAGGACUUUUCUCCUAAAGGUUAUCAGUGCUCUGGAUAUUGGUCCAGAUAAUGUACGGGUUGCCUUGGUUCUUUACAGUGAUAAACCAAGGUUAGAAUUUAGCCUGGAUACCUUUGAAAAAAAGCCAGAGGUUCUGAACUAUCUGACCAAGCUGCCGUAUCGAGGUGGGCAAACAUACACUGGCGCGGCCAUAGACUUUGUACGGAAAAAGGUUUUCUCCAAGAAAAUGGGGAGCAGGAAGGACCAAGGGGUGCAGCAGCUGGCUGUGGUGAUCACUGAUGGUGAAUCGCUAGAUAAUUUCACAGGACCUGCCUCCAAACUCCGACGUAAAGGUGUUACUGUUUAUGCUGUGGGCAUCCAAAAUGUCUCAGCAAGUGACCAGCUCUACAAAAUUGCAUCUCACCCUCCAAGGAAACAUGUUACCAACCUGGGAUCAUUUUUGCAGUUAUCAAACAUUGAGUGGAUUAUUAAAAAACGGCUUUGUAAUGAGAUUGUUUUCCAAACAUUUGCGGUUCCAGCCCGUUCCCGAAUUGUGAAAGAAGGCUGUGAAGAAACAGAGGAGGCAGACAUUUAUUUCUUGAUUGAUGGGUCAGGCAGUAUCUACCCUGAUGAUUUCCAUGACAUGAAAGUCUUCAUGAAUGAACUGAUCAGUAUGUUCCAAGUUGGCACCGACAGAGUUCGUUUCGGGGUUGUUCAGUAUGGAAGUACUCCCCAAACAGAGUUUGAGAUUCACCAGUAUAACACCGUGGCACAAUUAAAAGAUGCCAUCAAGGGGAUUCAACAACUCGGAGGUGGCACCAGAACAGGAGAUGCUUUAACAUAUAUGCAGAGGCUGUUUAACAGUUCGGUCAGAGCCCAAGUCCCGCAGUUCCUUAUCAUAAUUACGGAUGGACAAUCCCAAGACCAUGUCACCAAAGCAGCAGAAGAGCUGCGAGAGGCAGGGAUUGUGAUCUAUGCCAUUGGUGUCAAGAGUGCAGUCCAAAGCGAACUGGAGGAUAUUGCUGGGACCAAGGACCGAAUGUUUUUUGUGAAUGACUUUGAUUCCUUAGAUCUCAUCAAGCAUGAUGUUGUGAGGGAUAUCUGCUCUCCUGAGGCCUGUAAAAACCUGAAAGCUGACAUUAUUUUGCUGAUUGACACUUCCAAAACCAUGGAUCAAGUUCAGUUUGAGCUGACUAAACAAUUCAUUGAGUUGAUUGUGAACAAGUCUGAUAUUGGAUCUGAGAAGAUUCAGAUUGGACUGCUUCAGUUCAGCUCAGAUCCACAAGAGGAAUUUCCACUCAACAGAUAUGAUAAUAAGGCUGACUUGAGGAAAGCAGUAUCUGCAAUGAGGCAAAUGAAAAAAGGAAGAAAGUUGGGGAAGGCACUAGAUUUUGCCUCUCCUUACUUUGACCUAUCCACAGGAGGACGGCCAGGAGCAAAGCAGUAUCUGAUAGUGGUCACAGAUGGUAAAUCUGAAGAUGAAGUAAGAAAUCCUGCCAGACAUCUUAGGAAUAAAGGGGUCACCAUCUAUGCCAUUGGAGUACUACAAGCAAGCAACUCCCAACUUCUGGAAAUUGCUGGCACCCAGGAAAAAGUGUUUUCUGAGGAUUUUUUUGAAGCCCUCUUGUAUUUGGAAAAGCCGAUACUGUUUGAAAUUUGCAAUCCUGAGGAAGAGUGCAAACGGACAGAAGUUGCUGACAUCGUCUUUGUUGUGCACGGAUCACGGUACAUUACAGAACUGCAGUUCAAGGGGAUACAGUGGCUCAUGGAGUCCAUUGUGAAUGACUCGGUGGUGGGAAAAGACCAUGUCCAAUUUGGGGUUGUUGUCUACAGUACUGACCCCCAAGAGGAAUUCCCACUGAAUCGGUUUUCCACAAAGCUGCAAGUCAGGGAAGCCAUUCAAAAGCUGACGCUUUCGAGAGGGUUCACUUUUACAGCGAGAGCUUUGAAUUUUGCAAGGGAACGGUUUGACGCAGUGUACGGUGGCCGAAUGUCCGUUCUCGGCAUCACACGAAUGAUUGUGCUAAUCACUGAUGAGCCAACCACCCCAACAGAUAGGCCCAAUCUCCCAGCAGCAGUGCAGGCUCUGAGGCAAGCAGGAAUCGAGAUCAUCGCCAUUGGAAUAGAUGGAGCCAGUCAAACAGAACUGCAAGAAAUUGCGGGUGAUAGUGGAAAUUGGUUUUAUAGCCCAAGUUACAAUGCGCUGGAAAAUUUACAUGAUAACAUCACUCAUGUUAUAUGUGAUGAAUCAAAGCCAGCUUGUGGCACUCAAGAGGCAGACCUUGUGUUUUUGAUCGAUGGCUCAGGAAGCAUAUCUGCACGUAACUUCUCCGCAAUGAAGGCCUUCAUGAAGGAAGUUGUAGACAGCUUUAUUAUUGCUCAGGACAAAGUCCGGAUCGGCGUAGUCCAGUUCAGCAAAGAUCCUCAGAAAGAAUUUUACCUCAACGAGUUCUACACUGAUAUUGCCAUAAAGGGGAAGAUUGAUGAAAUUGUCCAGUUAAAAACCACCACCUUCACUGGGAAGGGACUGAGGUUUGUCAGGAGCUUCUUCGAGCCUGAGAAUGGAGGUCGGAAGAACAAAGGAGUGCUGCAGUCUCUCAUAGUCAUUACAGAUGGGAAGUCCAAUGACAGUGUAGAUGAGGCAGCCAUUGUGCUGCGGAAAGAUGGGAUCCAAGUCUUUGCAAUAGGAAUAGCCACUCCAAACUCCUUUGAACUCCUUCACAUUGCUGGAGACCCCCGUCGUGUGUUUGUGGUGGAGAACUUUGAAGGGUUGCAGAAUAUUGAAAGGAAGAUUGUUUCGGAGAUCUGUGAUCCUGGAGAUCCACCCAGUCAAGACUGCAACAUAGACAUUUCAGUAGGAGUUGAUAUUUCUGAGCAUGUGGGGUCUCCACCUGCAUUCCAUUUGAAGCAGAAAAUGCAAACCUACUUGCCCUGGCUUAUGCAGCAAAUGGCUCCAAUUAUCAAUAUCAGUUGCAGCCUUGCGUCUUCCAUUACCAUCAGGUUCAGGUAUCAAGUGUUUGCAAGAAAUGGCCAGUCCUUGUUUGACUCUGACUUUGAACCAUAUAAUGAUGAGAUCAUUCAGAAAUUCUUGGCUGUGCAAACCACGGUGGAUACUUACUUGAAUAUAGGUUUCCUCCAGUCCUUUUGGGAUCAAUCUCUGAGUCUGGCCUCUGCCAAAGUGAAGGUCCUGUUGGUGUUUACUGAUGGGCCAGAUGACAGUGUUGAAAUGCUCAAAACAACAGUUGAUGUUCUUCGCCGGAAAGGGCUUAAUGCAUUUUUAAUGAUUGGUCUGGAAAACUUCCAGGAAUUCCAUGAAUUGCAGGAAAUUGAGUUUGGUAGAGGAUUUGGAUAUCGGGAACCUUUGCACAUAGGAAACCCAGAACUCCCCAGCAUGUUAUGGAGAGCUUUUGACUCUAUUACGGAACGGGAAUGCUGCAAUGUCUGCUGUAAAUGUUUUGGAGAAGAUGGCAUUCGAGGUGCUCUUGGACUUCCCGGAAAGAAGGGAAGUGUGGGCUAUCCAGGAUCCCCAGGCCAUCCUGGUGAGGAAGGAGGAAUUGGAGACCAAGGUACAAUGGGGAUCCGUGGGAUACAAGGGAACAGAGGGUGCUCUGGUGCAAGGGGACCGAAGGGACAAAGAGGAUUCAGAGGAAACAGGGGUCAUGAUGGUGACAUUGGACUGGAUGGGAUUGAUGGACAGGAGGGAGAGCGAGGAUCUCCUGGAUCGCUAGGACCAAGGGGCCGUUCAGGACGGAGGGGUAGAGAAGGCCCCAGAGGACACCCAGGGGAACGAGGACCACCUGGUAUAAGAGGAGAUAUCGGAGUUCAUGGAAUUGACAGCAAUGUCUUUGGUUCUCCGGGUCCAAAAGGAAACACAGGGCGGCAGGGAGAACCUGGAGUCGAUGGUGUGGAAGGAGAGCCAGGCGAGGAUGGUCCAAUCGGCCCAGAAGGUCAUCGAGGUCCCUCUGGCUUAAAGGGUGCACAAGGAGAGGAGGGGGAGCCAGGUGUUCCUGGAGAUGCUGGGCGACAAGGUCCACAGGGUUCUCCGGGCCGUCCAGGAGUACCGGGAUUACCUGGACCAGAAGGUUUGCCAGGUCCCCGAGGCAUUCCAGGAAUUGAUGGUGUACCUGGUGCAAGAGGGAAACUAGGACACACAGGUCACAAGGGUGAACAUGGUGAUCCUGGAGCAAAAGGCCUAUCGGGGUCAUUUGGACCAAGAGGCUUACCUGGACAAGACGGUAACCAUGGAUAUGGUCUACAAGGAAGGAAGGGAGCAAAGGGACUAGCUGGAUUUCCUGGAAACCCUGGACCACAGGGGGAAGAUGGUGACCUUGGCAUUCCAGGGGAUAAAGGAGCAAAAGGAACUAGAGGACAAAGAGCUAGUCCUGGAAUGCCAGGGGAAACAGGGAAUCGAGGAAGCCGAGGUCCACUUGGAAGAAUGGGCCCUAAAGGCCAAAAAGGCAUAACAGCUAUGACGCCUUGUGAACUUGUUAACCUUACUAGAGGAAAUUGCCCUUGCUGUAUAGGUAUGAGUAGGUGUCCAGUAUAUCCAACAGAAGUGGUGUUUGCCCUUGAUAUGUCUGCAGAUGUUACCCCAGAAUCCUUUGGAAGGAUGAAAGACAUUAUGACAUCUUUGCUGAAGGUUAUGAAGAUAAGCACCAGCAACUGUCCUAUUGGUGCUCGGGUGGCAGUGCUUUCAUAUAACACUCACCCAAAGUACCUAAUCCGAUUCUCCGACUUCCAGAGAGACAACCUCCUUAGGGAAGCAGUUCAGAGAAUUCCUUUGGAGAGAUCUUCAGGCCAACGCAAUAUUGGAAGUAUCAUGCGGUUUGUUGCCAGGAAUGUCUUUAAACGGCAUCGUCAAGGUGUCCUUAUGAGGAAAGUUGCAAUAUUUCUCACCGCUGGCCCAUCGCAGGAUGCAACAUCCAUCAAUACAGCUGUGUUGGAAUUCAGUUCUCUAGAUAUUAUGCCGGUGGUCAUUGCCCUCAGCGAAGUACCUAACGUACGGCAGGCCUUUUUGGCAGAUUAUACUAAUCACUUUCAGCUAUAUGUCUGGGGAUCCAAGGAGGAAGAAAACCUGAAUAGUGUUUCACAUUGUGCACUCUGUUAUGAUAAGUGUAACCCAGCUCCAGAAUGUGAGAUGACGGCACAUUUCCCUAUUUUAAUAGACAUGGAUAUAACAUACAUCAUGGACAGCUCUUCGAAUGUCGGAAGUGAGGAGUUUGAGACCAUGAAGGAGUUUGUGAGCAACAUGGUGGAUCAUUUUGUUAUAACCUCCCUCCCCACAGAGUCCGAUGGUGGUGCAAGAGUGGCUCUGGUGCAACAAGCCCCACGAAAUUUCACAGUGGACGGAUUCUCAAGCCCAGUGCAUCUGGAGUUUGACUUGACUACAUAUAGCAGUAAAGACCUGGUGAAAAUGCAUAUCCAAGAAUCCAUAAACCAGCUAGAAGGGCCAUCAGCUGUGGGUCAUGCACUAGAGUGGACUGUUAAUAAUGUGUUUCUUGAAGCCCCCAAUCCAAGAAAACACAGGGUCAUUGUUACACUACUUGGGAGUAAGACAAGUUCUUGGGACAGAGAGAAGUUGAGAAAAAUGUCACUAGAAGCCAAAUGCCAAGGGUUCACCAUGUUCACCUUAGCACUUGGAAGUGGAGCUGAUGAUACCGAGAUGACAGAACUGUCUAGUGUGCCCGUGGAACAACAUCUGUUGCAGCUCGGCAGGGUGAAUAAACCCGAAUUGCCAUAUGCCCUGAAGUUUAGUCGAGCCUUCUUAAAUCUUUUAAAACGUGGAAUAAACCCUUAUCCUCCACCAGGACUGCAGGAAGAAUGUGAGACUCUGGAUCGGGGAGACACUUAUCAGCAACUAACAGCAAAGACUGAUAGUAUUCUUUUCGCAGAAUUGGAGUACAGAGAUGCUUCCCCGCCAUCAGAAUUACCAAAAAUAAACUUUCAAGAUGAAAUUAUGGAUGCUCACAAGCAACAUGUGGAACAUAAAGAAGAAGAGUAUGAUCGUGACAAGAACAAUUAUUUCAGAAAUAUUAGUGCCCAAGAUGGGAGGAGGAAACAGGACCAAGAACGUUCUGAGCAAGUACAAAAAAUAGCAGAUGCUUGCAUUGGUGAAAUGGACAAUGGUGAUUGUGAAGAUUACACCCUGAAAUGGUAUUUUGAUAAUAAUCUGGCCAAGUGUUCUCGGUUUUGGUAUGGUGGCUGCGGAGGGAACAAAAAUAGGUUUGAAUCUCGAGCGGAAUGUGAAGCUUUAUGCAUAAAGGUGUCCUAAGGUGGAGAGUGUCACUCAUAAAUGGUGCUCCUAGUUGCCUAUUAAAGCAGGAACAGAACUCAAAAUAUAAAGUCUCUAUUUUAGAUCAAAGUGGUUUCAAAUUUUGUGAAGCAGAGGUGACAUUUAUAUUUAUCUGUUUUUGGUUUUUAUUUGUAUAUAUAAUAAGACAACAGAUGGCACUUGAAGUCUCACAUCUUUCUUUUGGCAGAUAUGUAGUGGAAAAUUAUGCUACCUUUCAGUUGUCAGGCUUGUUUAUUUGAGGUGAUGACAGAUAUGAUUGUUGACUAUAGAUUUUAUCACAUGAGGCUUGUAACAUAUAUUGUGGAAUCCUUAGCCACAAAUGAAAAAAAAACCUUGCAUGGCACUAACCUCACAGCAAACCAAUUUGCAACCAUUGGGAAAGAAGUCAUUUUUAGAAAAUUUGGGAGUGGGUGUAGGCUGUUUUAGUUAUGUGUUCAAUGUUUCUCAGCCAUGUAGUAAUUUCAAGACACUUCUGCAGCAACUUUGCGGCCAGUGAUGUCUAUUGUAGGCAUGUUAUGUCUGUGGCUGUCCUAUACAGUUUCCUGUUCCCAAUCUGCUGGCCUUUAAACUUCCAGAGACAGAGAAAAUUUCUGGCUGCAAAGCCAUGACUUCCCCUCACUCUGUUGGUUUCUUGAAUUUAAGUAACUAUGCAGCUCUAUACAAAACUAUUUUAUUGAUCAGUGAAUUGGCCAUAUCAAAAUACACAAUAUAAACACAACAAACAGUAUACAUCUAAUCCAAAUAUAAAUACAGUAGAGUCUCACUUAUCCAAGCUAAACGGGCCAGCAGAAACUUGGAUAAGCGAAUAUCUUGGAUAAUAAGGAGGGAUUAAGGAAAAGCCUAUUAAACAUCAAAUUAGAUUAUGAUUUUACAAAUUAAGCACCAAAACAUCAUGUUAUACAACAAAUUUGACAGAAAAAGUAGUUCAAUACGCAGUAAUGUUAUGUUGUAAUUACUGUAUUUACGACUUUAGCACCAAAAUAUCACGAUAUAUUGAAAACAUUGACUACAAAAAUGGCUUGGAUUAUCCAGAGGCUUGGAUAAGCGAGGCUUGGAUAAGUGAGACUCUACUGUAUAAAUAUACAUAUACAGAAGAAAAAAGUGGAGGAUGCCAAUUUAAGUAAUUAUGCAGCUCUAUAGCUGAACUAAGAUGCUGUUACGGAUUUCUCUCAUAAUUAAACAUUUCCUUUCCUUGCAAGACCAUUUUGACGCACAAUCAUGCAUGGCGUCACUAAAUAUGGUUUCCAAGUCAAAACUACCCUCCCCACUUGCAGAAUACACAAAAUGCUUUUAAUUGCAAAAUGCUUUUUAAUUUUUUAAUUUUUUUUAGUGUGUGUGUGUGUGCAAAAAAAUUAUUUGAUGCUUAGACCAUAGGUCUUUCAUAUGCAAGACAAACAAACAAGUACAUGAAAGCCAGAUUAUCAAAUGCAAUAUAAAACAUGCCAUUAAACCCCUAUAUAAACCAUUAAAACAUUAAAAUGCUGCAAAUAUCAAUGUCAGGAUAUGCCCUUCAAAUACUACAUAUUUCAUGAAUUAGCACCAACAUAAUUAAAAACAAGAUAAAACCAAGUAAGUAAUAAUAAGUUUAUUUUAAUACAGUAGAGUCUCACUCAUCCAACAUAAACGGGCCGGCAGAACGUGGGAUAAGCGAAUAUGUUGGAUAAUAAGGAGGGAUCAAGGAAAAAUCUAUUAAACAUCAAAUUAGGUUAUGAUUUUACAAGUUAAGCACCAAAACAUCAUGUUAUACAACAAAUUUGAGAGAAAAAGUAGUUCAAUACGCAGUAAUGCCAUGUAGUAAUUACUGUAUUUACGAAUUUAGCACCAAAAUAUCACGAUGUAUUGAAAACAUUGACUACAAAAAUGCGUUGGAUAAUCCGGAACGUUGGAUAAGCGAAUGUUGGAUAAGUGAGACCCUACUGUAAUAAUAAGUUUAUUUAUAUCCCGCCUCCAUCUCCCCCGAAGGGGACUCGGGGCGGCUUACAGCAAAAUCAGAUACAAAACAAUGAUAAAAUAAAAUAUGAAACAUCAAAGAACAAUAAUAAAAAACCAGUAAUAAUAUAUAC